AUAUAACGUCACCACAGUCCAGCCUAAUAUUAGGUCGAGGAAUGGCAACGAAAACAAUUAUGAGACAAUGUUGGACUCAAGAAAUAGAUCAAUUUAGAGUGAAUCAAUAUAGAAGAAGUGCUUGUUGUUUUCUUCGAGAAAAAAUAAUCCGCUGCGUCGAUGCCCAAUCAUACAUCUUUGAUAUAUAUUCCGACUUCAUCGUGACCAUUCAAAAUUUAGCCCAGAAGGUAUUUCCCGAAUGUACUGAUCAAAUGUGUUUCACUUUGUUGUACAAAUACCUAAAGAGUGAAUUGCACCGUGGUAACACUGAACGAUUAGAAAUGAUGAGGAAAAACGGUCAUUUACGAAACGGAGGUCGUGUUGAUGAAGUUUCGUUAGCUGAACUAAUCCACAUCAAUGGCUUUUGGCAACACCAAAGACGUUCAGCCGAACAAAAUAAUCAGGAGUGUACUGGGCCACCAGCUAAACGGCUACGUCUCAACUGGAAUUAGUUACCAUUCGAAGGAAACCUGUCCAAUUAGCGUAAUGCUCUCACGAAUCAGUUAUAACAUCAGUGAAUCGAAUUAAUUCUGUAUGACAGAAUUCCACCGCCGCCGCAACUACCGACCUACUUAGA